GUCUAUGAUUCACCAACUAGUUUCAUACCUUUAAAUACACAUGUAGAAAACAAGAAACUCAUCAUCCUAAACCUCAUCGACCUGCUCAUCGAUAUCCAUCGAUCUUCUGAUUAAGUAGUUACUUAUACAACAAGUGAAAGAAAUCGUUUUCAGCUAGCUCGAUCAAUUACCAAAGAUGAAGGCUUCAUUUCAGGUUCAGCUUGGAGGACAAGUUAUUAGUUUCCCAGUCAAUUCAGCAGCAGCCGCAGCAGCAACAUCAUGCACAUUUCAGAGGUCUCCAAUUAAUGCAAAGAGACUCCUACUACCUGCUCAGCAUCAUGUUCCCUCAUCUGAUCAUCGUCGCGAUCAAACUAGCCCUUCAAAACGGACACAAAUGAAACUGGGGCCUAAAAUUAGUGAGGCAGUGAAGGGAAAGUUGAGACUUGGGGCUAAGAUUCUUAAAGCAGGUGGAACAAUGGGGAAGGUGUUCAAGCAUUUGUUUAGCAAUAAUGCUGAAGCAGCAGGAGAGAAGCUUUUGAAGACUUCCCACUGUUUUCUAUCAACCACAGCAGGUCCUAUUGCAGGCCUCCUCUUCAUCUCCACACACAAGAUUGCCUUCUGCAGUGACAAGCCAAUCAAACUAUCAUCAUCUCCAAAUCCAAACGGAGAACUCAUCAGAGUCCACUACAAGGUUGUGAUCCCACUCAAUAAGAUAAACAGAGUAAACCAAAGUGAGGACGUGAAGAAGCCCUCGCAGAAGUACAUAGAAAUAGUUACUGUGGAUAAUUUUGACUUCUGGUUCAUGGGUUUCUUCAAUUACCAGAAAGCUCACAAAUAUCUCCAACAGGCAUUAAUUUCUCAGGCAUAGUUAAGAACUUAAGAGCCACAACUGCUUGUUGUUAAUUUGGAGAUUUGUUCUGCUUGUUCUCUAUCUUCAUCAGCAGGAUCAGGCCAUGUGAUUAGACAAUUACAGAGUGAGAUAAUUUGUAAAUCAGUUACCUUUUCUAAUGACUGAAUGAGAAAAUCAUCAAGUUUGUAAUGAAACAUUUUGUUUUAUCGU